GUAGAAUAAAAGGGCAGAAGGAAAAAACUUUGGUCUCCACUGUAUUGAGACUUUGGACUCCAGGCCUCGAUUGCAAAGAUCUUCAUACAGCAGGUCAGAUCACUGCUAGCAGACAUGGCUGAUGUCACUGUUGACUGGGUUGAUGAACAUCAGCUGCAGCUUUUAGAUCAAAUACUGAUUGUUGUUGAUGAAAAUGACAAGGUCAUUGGUGCAGACACCAAGAGGAAUUGUCAUCUCAAUGAAAACAUCGAGAAAGGACUUCUCCACCGAGCCUUUAGUGUUGUUUUGUUCAACUCAGAGAAGAAAGUUCUGAUUCAGCGCCGAUCAGACAGGAAGCUUACUUUCCCUGGGCACUUUACUGACUCCUGUUCUAGCCAUCCACUAAGUAGGCCUGAGGAACUGGAAGAAAAAGAUGCCUUGGGAGUGAGGAGGGCAGCCCUGAGACGUCUGCAGGAUGAGCUGGGCAUCCCCCAGGACCAGGUUUCUCUAGAAGACAUCGUGUUUAUGACAAGAUAUCAUUAUAAAGCAAAAUCAGAUGCAGUCUGGGGAGAACAUGAAGUCUGUUACCUUCUGCUUGUCAGGAAGGAUGUCACCAUCAGCUCAGAUCCCAGUGAAAUCAGCAGCUUCAGCUACCUGACCCGGGAAGAACUGGGAGAGCUCCUAGAAAGAGACACCCGGGGCGAAGUAAAUGUCACCCCCUGGCUGAGAAUCAUUGUGGAGAGGUUCCUGAAUAUGUGGUGGCCUUACUUGGAUGAAGUGACCCAGUUUGUAGAGCUUGAUAAGAUACACAGAGUGUAAGAAGCAGGAAAUCAGCCUUGGCUGUGAAGAUGUCCCAGCCAGGAGCUGAGCUCAGAGGCACACCCAUGGCUAUGUUGUGCUCUGGGUUUCCAGAAAUCCAUAAUCAUUAUCUUUAACUCUCAAUCGCUUUUCUUUUUUGACACAGAGCCAUAUAUCCCAGGUCUGCUUAAAACAUAUUGUGUACUGAGGAUGGCUUUGAAUUUCUGAUUCUCCUACCUCCACCUCUAUUGGUCCUUGGAUUACAGGCCUACACCACUAAACAACCACUCUGCUGCUGGCUGGAGACUGAACCCAAGGUUCUAUGUGUUCGAGACAAACAUUCCCCAACACCCACAUCCCCUUCCCGAAUCUUCUCUAUUUCCCAGUUUAUCUUUUAAUGUGCCUGGGUGCAGGGUAAAAACACAUUAUUUUCCCCAAAUGUAGUUUCUUUUUGUUUUGAUUUGGGUUUUGGUUUUUCGAGACAGGGUUUCUCUGUGGCUUUAGAGGCU